AUAGGGAAUCAAGUUAAAUUUUCCUCUACGAUCUUAUUCUGUUUCUAUUAUGACAUCUAGGGCGACAAUACAAUCCUCACCACUAUGAAACAACUUAUAUAUAGCCCUUUAAUGGAGCUCAGUUUCCACAUAGCCAAGUUUAAAAACUCUUCACAUAUAAGCUGCAUUACUUAGCAGUUAGCACUAUUUUGCUUUAGCUAUAAGUGUUCUAGCUAAUCAUGGACCUAAUCACUAGUAUGGUAGCUGAAAGGCCUGUGGUGAUCUUCAGCAAGAGCACAUGUUGCUUGAGCCACUCCAUGACCACACUGAUACGUAGCUUUGGUGCAAACCCUACUAUUUAUGAGCUUGAUGAAAUGACAAAUGGGCAACCGAUUGAAAGUGCGCUGCUUCAAAUGGGGUGCCAGCCAAGUGUACCAGCUGUUUUUAUAGGACAAAAAUUCAUUGGUGGAUCUAAAAGGGUCAUGAGUCUGCACCUUAGAAAUGAGUUGGUGCCACUGCUCAUAAAUGCCAGGGCUAUAUGGAUUUGAUGCAAAGGUGUUCUGAUUAAAUAAGGAUGCAUGAUACACAAAACCUGUACAUAAACGUAGGGGAGUUCUUCAAUACAGUGUUGUUAAAAUCAGAAUGUACUAAUGACUUAGAAAGGAUAUGGGCAGAACAUAUCAUAACAUAUAAAACUCUCAUAUAUAUAUAUAUUAGAGGUUAAACUUUUGUGUUCACCAAACGCCCAAUGUUAAACUUUUUGGUUGGAUUGAUUUUUUUUCUUUUCCCUUGAGGGCUGGGGCCUUCUUUUAAUUUACAAAAGUGAUAGGAAUUUAGUCCUCACCGCUCCAUAUUAUGACAAAUUAGGAUUUCCACUAGGUUGCAUAAGACACGUGUACGUUCUCCUAACAUUUUGAACGUCGUCUGGAAUAAUUAUUUCCUUUCAGUGAAGAACACAAAUUGAAUGGAUGCUUGUAUAGUAUGACAAAAGGUUAAAGUGAAUUAACGGGUAUAUCAUUUCAAUCCCAACAGAGAAGCCAUUCUUUGUAGCUUCUAGAAAAAAAAUCAAGUAUAAAACGGAAGUCUCUCUUAGUAAA